AUGGCCACCCCCACCGACCCCCCCAUCCACGCCCUCAUCAUCGACGCCGGCCCCCUCAUCGCCAGCACCUCCACCAGCAGCCUCCUCACCCGCGCCCAGCGCAUCUACACCACCCCCUCCGUGAUCGCCGAGAUCCGCGACCCCGCCACCCGCUCGCGCCUCGAGACCACCUGGCUGCCGUUCCUGCAGCAGCGCACGCCCAAACCGGAGAGCGUGCGCGUCGUGGCAGAGUUUGCGAAAAAGACCGGCGACUUUCCGGCCUUGUCUGUGACAGAUGUGCAGCUGCUGGCGCUGACGUAUGAGCUUGAGUGUGAGGGGAAUGGCGGCGACUGGAGGCUGAGGAGGACGCCGGGGCAGAGGGAGGUGAAUGGGCCUGUGCCGGGGAGGGGGGGGAAGGAGGAGGGUGUGGAGGAGAAGGAGGAGAGUGUGCAGGAGAAGGAGAAGGAGGGAGAGGAGGAGGAAGCAACAGCAGACAGCAAAGAGACAGAGGCUACAGAUGCGCCCCAAGCAGGAGAAGCUGGAAAGCCGAAGCGGAAAAGCAAGAAGGCGCGAAUGGCCGCAAAGAAGAGGGCCGAGCGGCAAGAGGCCGGCGAGGGGAGCGAGACCGCCGAGAAGACCGCAAUUGAGGGAGAGACACGGGCACAGGCACAGGCAGAGGCACAGGCACAGGCACAGGCACAGGCAGAGGGAGAGCAGGCGGUGCCCGCGGAGGGAAAGAAGCGCAACAAGCAUAAGGCCAGAAAGGGCACCCCCGCCCAAGACGGCGCUGCAGCAGCAGAAGCCGGAAGAGAAGAGGUCAAGGAAGCUGCAGAGGAGACAGCCGGGGAAGCUGCUGCUAAGCUCGAAGCUCCCGCAGCUGAAGCCAAAGAGGAGUCCAAUGAAGCACCAGCAUCUGAGGCACCCAAGCCCGACACCGCCUCAGCAGCAGCAGCACCCCAGGAAACUCCCCAAGAGCCCACCGCCACCAGCACGCUCCCCACCCCGCCCUCCACCGACGACGACUCCGCCUCCGACUCAGACUCGGACUCCGGCUGGAUCACCGCCACCAACCUACACUCCUACAAGCACUCCGACGCCCACACCCCCGUGCACAGCACCCCCACCAAGAAACAAUGGCCGCUCGCCGCCGCCCUCGCCACCACCGACUACGCCAUGCAGAACGUGCUCCUGCAGAUGAACCUGCACCUCGUCUCCCCGCACGGCCUGCACCGCAUCCGCACCAUCAAGACGUGGGUCCUGCGCUGCCACGCCUGCUUCAAGCUGUGCCGCGACAUGAGCAAGCAGUUCUGCCCGACGUGCGGCGGCGCCACGCUGCUCAAGACCAGCUGCUCCACGGACAGCCAGGGCGGCUUCCAGGUGCACCUCAAGCGCAAUAUGCAGUGGAAUAACCGCGGCGCCGUGUAUUCGAUCCCAAAGACGCAGCAUGGGUCGGCGUCGGGCAAGGGCGUGAAGAAGAACUUGGUGCUGAGGGAGGAUCAGGUCGAGUAUCAGAGGGAGGUGAGGGUGCGGGCCAGGCAGAAGGAGAGGGAUUUGUUGGAUCCGGAUUAUUUGCCGGGUAUCUUGACGGGGGAGAGGAGGGAUGCGGGUGGGCCGAUGCCGAAGAUUGGGUAUGGGAGGAAGAAUCCGAAUGAGAGGCAGGGAGGGAGGAAUAAGCAUUGA